AUGGUCUUUGCGAAUCGCCGGACAGAUCGAGACGCGGCCAACGCUGUCUUGGAAACAUUCAGGAGGCUAUUAAGUGGGGUGAUUGAACUCAGGAAGAACAAAGAGUUAAUCGUGGUGGUCGAUCAUGUGGACCAGUUGUCUGGAGAGCCCUCAACUUCGUUGAGAAAAACGCUGCAGGUGAUUCAGGAAAUGAUGGAUUCUCGACUUGCCACUAAGCUUCAUUAUGUUCUCGUGGGUAAACCGAUACGAGAGAAUAAGGGAUUUCCUAUUGUUGAUGAGAAUACAGAGUAUCAUAAGCGCGUGAGAUUCGACGAUAUGGACCACUUGAAAAUCGACCCCCGACGACGGCGGAUAUACGCAAAAGGCUUCGCUCUGGAAAAGGUCCUAGUCUCGGCACCCAUACUCGCAGUAGGGUUGAAGUUUCUAUUAGGAGCCGACAGAUCCCAGGUCAACCGCAGCGAACAACUCGAUAUAGAAGAGAAAGAGGCUGACCAUAAGGACGCGCUUUGGCGAGUAGCUACAGCAGGCUCACUUCUCAGCCAAUUUAACAUAUCUCAAGAUUUGCAGAUUGUGCAGACUGAUCAAACCGCGAGUAAUCUCGCAAGAGCCGAGUAUCAGGCGCGUGAGCGUGACCAAAUAUUCCCAGAUCGACAAAGGGCACUCGCUCGGCGCAAGCGAUAUCCUGAUACAGUAAUCAUCGACAGCGAGCAUGUGACCAUCGUCAAAGAUCUUCAAACUGGGGACUGGGAUCUGAGGGGACUGUUGGUCGAAGCCGACGGAAGCUCCCUUUGGGACUUGAUGGUCAACUUAUCAAAGUUUAAUAGCCAAAGGGAGCCCGAAGAUGACGUCUGA